CCCCACCCCGUGUCCCACCCCCGAGAAUAUGCCCUCUGGCUGCCAAGAGGAAGGGUGACAGAGUCAGCUGGGCUCAGCUUCAAGGGCACCGGAUGGUGCUCCUUACCCUCCACCCUCUUCAGCUAGCCAGGUUCUGCAGGCCAGAGGAAGCAGCAGAACACCAUUGACUGCCUCCCUGAGCCCGAGCACUGCCUGAUGCCAUCAGUCCCUGGACUGGACUAAGGAAGCUGGGGGGCCAUGACCAGUGCAGACUCCUUGCUAUUCACAUCACUAGGUCCCAGCCCAAGUUCUGGAGAUGGUGAUUGUAAGUUUAAUGAGGAAUUCAAGUUCAUCCUGUUGCCUCUGAGCUAUGCAGUUGUCUUUGUGCUGGGCCUGGCCCUCAAUGCCCCAACCCUUUGGCUGUUCCUCUUCCGCCUUCGACCCUGGGAUGCAACAGCCACUUACAUGUUCCAUUUGGCAUUGUCAGACACCUUGUAUGUGCUGUCACUGCCCACCCUCGUCUACUACUAUGCUGCCAGAAACCACUGGCCCUUUGGCACUGGCUUCUGCAAGUUCGUCCGCUUUCUUUUCUACUGGAACCUCUACUGCAGUGUCCUUUUCCUCACCUGCAUCAGUGUGCACCGCUACAUGGGCAUCUGCCAUCCACUGCGGGCAAUACGCUGGGGCCGCCCUCGAUUUGCAGGUCUUCUCUGCCUAGGUGUUUGGUUGGUAGUAGCUGGCUGCCUCGUGCCCAACCUCUUCUUUGUGACAACCAAUGCCAAUGGAACCACCAUCCUGUGCCAUGACACGACUCUGCCUGAGGAGUUUGACCACUACGUAUACUUCAGUUCCACAAUCAUGGUGCUGCUCUUUGGCUUUCCCUUCUUGAUCACUCUGGUCUGCUAUGGACUCAUGGCCCGGCGACUGUAUCGACCUUUGCCAGGAGCUGGACAGUCAUCUUCUCGGCUCCGUUCUCUCCGCACCAUUGCUGUGGUGCUGACUGUCUUUGCUGUCUGCUUUGUGCCUUUCCACAUCACCCGCACAAUUUAUUACCUGGCAAGACUGUUGAACGCCGAAUGCCGGGUGCUGAACAUUGUCAAUGUGGUUUACAAAGUGACUCGUCCCCUGGCCAGUGCUAAUAGCUGUCUUGAUCCAGUGCUCUAUCUGUUCACGGGGGACAAGUAUCGAAACCAGCUCCAGCAGCUAUGCAGAGGUAGCACACCUAAGCGCCGAACAACUGCUUCCUCCCUGGCAUUGGUGACCCUACAUGAAGAAAGCAUCAGCAGGUGGGCGGACAUCCACCAAGACAGCAUCUUCCCUGCUUAUGAGGGUGACCGAUUAUAACAGUGGGCACUGGAUAUGACAGGAAGGGGACUAACUGCAGGCAGAGGGGAGGGAGCUCCUUAGUGACAGUUGAUAGGGGCAUCAGCUAUCCUCUUUUUAAGCCAAAGUUUGAAGUAGUUACUCCUAUGCUUCUUUCUCUUUUUCUGUCCCUUCCUGGGGCCACUGUUCCCGUUUCUCAAACCUCAGUACUCUUUGCUGGUUCUGCUUCCCCCAGGUCCUUCCACAGCAUGUGUUUCUUCAACCAGAGUAGUGACUUCAACUAGAGGAGUGAAGGUAGAGCAAUCUCAAGACGGGCCUGAUGUGUAUCAUGAAACAAGGCAGAACCAGGAAGCUGGGGUACUAGCAUAGCACAGAUACCAUAUAAGUCACAUGCAGCAUUCACACCCACUUCCUGGCUCCCUCUCAAAGACAAGAUAGUCCUACCUGUCAAGGUGCUGAAAUAGGGUACAGGGCAUGUGAACCUGCCUUGCAGGGCCCUACAUACCCUCUCGAAGCCUGCUGGUGUUUAACUGCAGAGCAGCCAUGAAACAGAAUACUGCUCUUGGUUGCUGACCCUAAGGAACCUCCGGAGGCAGGGUCCAGGUUGAUAGCAGCCUUGGAAGCAGGAAUAAGAUUACACCUACCUCUAGGACUUCGGGAGAACACACUUGAUAGCUCCCACCUGUUUAAUGAGAGGAGGAAUGGACAGCUCUGACUGAGAAGGAAGAAAACCUCCAAGCUCUCCUAGUGAUGGGCAAAGCAGGUUUGUGCAGAACCGGGUGGUAACAGGAGUAGACGCCCAGAACUGGCUCUUCACUGCUCUCUUCCCUUUCCUAGCUCUAGUUAGAUAAAGCAUAAAUAAACCUGUCACCAGAUCUUUUUGAAUCAGGCGAUAGGAUUUCAAGGAUUUCAAGGCUAGGGUGGGGCACUCAGUUUUCCUACCUGUUCAGUCCUCUUGCCGCAACACUUAUGGGUUUGGAGGAUCUGGUGGGUGUAUGGAGCAGAGGAAGCUAAACCCUGAGCUCGAGAAGAAAGAGUUUCUGGGCGGGCAUUCAUUUUCAGCCUCGUUUCCUGUGAAAGUCACCUGCUAGCCUAUUGGCCUUCUGAGUCAGCCCCCAACCUUUGCUGCUCUUUGUGAUCACUACUCAUCUACACACACCAACUUCUUAUUGGCCUCAAGUGUUCUCUCUGUCUGGAGUGUAGGGGAGGGAGGUACUAGGCUACAGAGUAAAACAGCUAAAUCAUAAUGCCCCUCUGCCUUUCUUUUUGUUCUUUAAAUACAUCUUUCUCCCUUGGAGCACAAGAGUUCUUCUAUUAGAAGUAAAUUAAGGGGCCCUUUUGAGUCUUACCAGGUCCCCACUCUUAUGAGCACAAUCUCCUUGCCCGUCACUGCUGCUAGCCAUAGGCUCCAUGUGGUAACGUUAUUCUCUUCAUUACAACUCAUUCAAGCUCCUCCAUCAUUGGGCCCCAGAACUCCAAGCUGCUUAGUCAAGACUAACUUCCUGGACUUCAUAGUUUGCUAUUUUAUCCUCCCCUGUCUCUCCACAAGAUCUCACUGUGUACCACUGUCUAGCCUAGAACUAGCUACAGAGACCUGGGUGACCUUGACCUCAUAGGGAUCCACCUGGUUUUGUUUUUUGUUUUUUGUGGGUUUGCUUCCCAAUUCCUGGGAUUAAAGACAUAUGCUAGCAGGCUGGGUAAACACCUCAGUGUCUCUAUGCUUCAUUCCAAUCUGCGUACCUGUGCUGCAUUGUCUUUAUCACUUUCUUCCCCAUGGCCCCUUAAUGAGGGACCUUGUUCCUUUUUUCCUUUGUCUUCAUCUUUGUUAGUUACUUUCAUCACUGAUUUUAUAUCACCAUAUAAAAAAAAGACACAACUUUGCUGUCUCAUUUUGCCACAGUUCUGUUAGUGUCUCCUCAUUUCACUACUGCUAUAAACACAAAUCUGAGUUCCUCCCAUUCUUUGGCACUUAGAACACAAAUUAUGUCUUUGGCAAGAACGUUAAUAUUUUCUCUACUCUUAUCCCUCUUUGACCUCUACUUCACUUGACUCUACUGCAUGUAAUUUUAUAGGUAUUUUUUAAAUAUAAAAAUAACAUUUAAAAUAACCUCACUGUGACAACACUGAAGGAAAUGUGGAGAGAAAAUAUUUACCUAUUUCAACCCCAAAUUUCUGUUUUCCAUACUCAACAUUUUCUUGGUUUGAAGUCAUGUAUUAUAGAAGUAUAACCACAGUUAUAUCUUUUAAAAGUCUGCUUUUUAGGGUAUUUAGAGUUUGGUGAUGUAUGCCUAUAAUCCCAAGAGUUGGUAGUAGACACAAGAGGGUUAUAAACUGGAAGUUAGCCUAGACUACAUAGUGAGACCUUUUGUCAAAACAAACAAAUAAGUAUAAUCCUCUUAUUGCAAACUUUCUCCAGGUUGAUGCAAUCUUUUUGUUUGUUUGUUUGUUUGUUUUUUGGUUUGUUUUUUGUUUGUUUUUUUUGUUUUUUUGUUUUUUGUUUUUUUGAGACAGGGUUUUUCUGUGUAGCCCUGACUGUCCUGGAACUCACUCUAUAGACCAGGCUGGCCUCGACCUCAGAAAUCUGCCUGCCUCUGCCUCCCAAGUGCUGGGAUUAAAGGCGUGCGCCAAUAGUUACAUAAACUUACUUCCAUUGGUAGACCAUAUCUUAAUAGGCUAUUCCCUUAUUAUUAUUAUUCCACUUAGGUAGGUUAGUUUUUCUGUGCUUUGAAUAUUUUCCUGUUUGUGACUUUUUUCUUUUUGCAAUUCUAGCUCUAGUACAAGUUCUCAAGAGUGAGAUUACCAGACCAAAGAGCACGAACAUUUUUAUGGAUUGUGAUUUUUCCCAAUGACUGCAUACAUUUUCACUGUCACAGUGAUAUAUGGCUAGCUUAGUUCCAUUGCUGUUCCAGCAUCAGACUUUAUGGGAAAUCUUUCUGGAAGAGAAACAUUCAAUUUGUUAAUUUCACUUCUUUGCUUACCUAUGGCAUUGAACACUUUCUCCCAUGUUUACUAUUUGCAUUCUUUUUCAACUACUACUUAUCUUCUAUUGAAAUAUUAUAUUAUUUAAUGUGUAUAUUAUAAUUGGUCAUAUUUGACUUAUGUAACCCACUUAUUACAAUGCUUUAUUCCUUCGUUUCAUUCCCUAGAUUUAGAAUCGCUUUCCUUCUGCUUUUUGUUGAUUACUUCCCCUCUCUCCUUUGCUGCCGUCUUUUUGUCCGAUUCUUGCCAUGUGGGGUGAUUUAAUCCUCUAUGGAUUAUCAGAUUGUUUAUUUCCUCUUAGACAGAACAAAUAGCAGGUAAAUACAAGUCAAUUGACUUCUAGUCCUUAAGAACCUCAGAGAUCAUCCAGAGCUUGGGUUCCAUUUCAUUUUCUAGCUGAAGAAACAGUCCCUGUGAAAUGCCGUGCUUGUGACUUUCUCCAUAGUGGCGGGUAUUUCCCAUGAUGCCUUUCAUUCUACCAUGCCAACUUGGUGCUAGGCCAGAACCUUUGUCUCUCCAAACCCAGCUGACUGCUGGACAGGUUCACUUAGAUCUUCCACUGUUGCUUCUAACCCGUAAUUUAAAAAAAUGAAACUGCCUAAACCAGUUCUCCUACUCUUGCUCAUUUCUAUUCAUGACACCUUUCUUAAACUACCUAGGUUCUAAUGUUACUGACAAACUCCACUCUUCCCCUAGCUCACCGAGUUCUGACAUUGCUCUCUUUGCAAGGUGUAAUUGGCUUUCUUCUAUUGUCUCUAUGCUACCAUUCUAAUACUGCUUCUUCUUACCUUGUCCCUGACUCAGUGUCAAAGGUUUCUGUGUCAUCCUUACUUCCAGCCACCUUCCACACAAAUGCAUAUUGUCAGAUCAAUCUGUCCAAACUUACUCUCAGAGUUUCACUCUCAGAAAUCUUGGAUGAUCUUUUUUAUUAUUGUUGUUGUUUACAAGUCAAAAUACUUUAGGCAGAAAUUUAAGAAAGGCUUUAGCAACCUUCUAUUAUUCCUCAAUACAAUGUUCUCUUUUCUAUUUUUUAUUUUUUGGUUUGUUUGUUUAUUUUGUGUGUGUGGCAGCGUGGGGUGGGGUGGCUCUUGGGACAGAGCCUAAGGUCUUGCCCUUGUACCACUGAGCUACAUUUCUAGACUUCUCUAUGUAAAUCAGUCAGUCUCCUUCUUCUCUCUCCAGACAAUACUUGUACUUUCUUACCUCUGCCCUCUCUUCCUGUCUGGCCACUCUACUCAAAUACCUGCCCACCCCAGUUGUCCUUUUCUUACCUAUUUUCCAGGAGCCAGGCUUUUAGCUCUCACAUAUUUUCUGAGUCUUUCUCUGGCAGUUCUUACCAACAGUGAUCUCCCUGAUUUUUUCCUUUUUUUGUUCUUUAUUAGAUAUUUUCUUUAUUUACAUUUCAAAUGCUAUCCCUUUUCCUAGUUUCCCCUCUGAAAAAUCCCCUAUUCCUUCCCCCCUUCCCCAAUCUUUCUGAUUUUUUUUUCUGGUAAUUACUGUCCACAUCAGUCAGUUGGCACUUUUAACAUUUCUUGAAAUUAUGGACACUAAUUUAAAUUAUCAGUUAAUUAUUCAUACAUACUUGCCUUGCGUAUCCCACUUGUAAACCUCUUGAGUUAAUGUAAUAUAGAUAAAAGAACACAGGAUUGAAGAUCAGAACACCCAAGUUUUGCCAUGAAUCUGAAAAGGGGGCUCAGGUGUGUCACCUUGGAUGAGUCAGUCAAAUUCUUUGAACCAUAAUUUCAUCAUCUAUGAAAUGAAGAUCAUAAUCUCAGCUCUAUGUAAUUCUUCAGGUUACAGUGAGGCUGUGCAAAGCUAGAGUGCUAAACAAAUAUAAAUAGCUGUCAUCAUAUUAUUCUAUUUGUUUAAUAAAUGGUGCUUAAUAAAUA